AUGGCGUCCCAGAUCGCGACGAAAAAGAGCAAGCGCAACCCCCCGGAGAUCUGCGGCGACGCCUUCGUCGUCGUCACCGUCGAGGAGAUCGAGCUGUCCCUGUCGUCCGUCGUCGCUCUGCCGUCGGACGACGAGGACGAGGGCUCCGACGCCGUGCUCGAGGCGCGGGUCCUGGCGACGCAGCAGGUCGCGGCGGUGCACGAGCUCGCGCUGCUGGAGCGGGCCGCGGCCGCGCGGACGCUCGCGCGGCGGCUCAAGCGCGAGGCCGCGGAUCCGCCGGCGAGCCCGCCGUCGCCCGCGGGCGACGACGGCGCGCGCGUCGCCGAGCUCCGCGGGACCCUCGCCGCCGCCGCGGGCCCCGCGGCCCCGCGCGACGCGACGCCCGCGCGGGGCCGCGUCGAGGCCGCGCUCGGCGGCGGCGCGAGCGCCGCGGCGCUCGUCGCGGCCGCGUCGGCGCCCGGCGGCGCGCGCGUCGCGUUGAGCGCCCGGGACCUGCCCAUGCGCGGCGGCGCGCCGAAGCCGACGACGAAGAAGGACGCGUCCGAGCAGCAGAGCCGCCGCGACAUCGAGCGCGACUGUCUAGUGGUCGACGGCGGCGCCCCGCUGCAGGGCGGCCGCGUGGGCUACGACCGCAUCGUCGACGCCAUCGCCGCGGCCCAGGCGCGCCUCGUGGCCCGCGCCGCCGCCGACGAGUGGCGGCCCGUCGACGGGGCGGAGUACUCGGACUUCGCGAAGGCGGCGCUCCGGGCCGUGAAUCGGACGGAGUCCGGCGGCGCGGGGCUCGAGGCGGUGACCUUCGCGCUGGCGGGGCCCGACGGGGCGCCCCUGCUCGUGCCCGUGCCCGACUCUAAGGGCGCCGAGCCGUUGCGCCUCUCCUUCAAGCUCGGCCCCGCGGCGUGCCCGUCGGGCGGCGGCUGGCGCUGGGGCAUCCGCGCGCAGGUCCAGGGCGCGACCUUCUACCGCCUCUUCGCGCCCGACGACUUCGACACGGAGGUCCUCCGCGCGCGCGCGACCUACGCGAAUUCGCUGCUCCUGCCCCUCGACGGCCUCGGCGACGCGGCGCCGCUCUAUGACCGCGGCACGGCCACCGUCGACGUCGACGUCUUCGCCGAGGCCGCGCCCCUAUAA